ACGUUUCUGAUGGUAACACAUCUUGUAUCGGCAUGAUGUAGUAGGGCGCCGCACACUUCAUUCUUAGGCCACGUACAUAUCGUCAGCCAACUGAGGCACCGCCUUACGCGUAUGUUGUUACGGAGAGUAAAACAGGUGGUCAUGGCUAGCACCGCCAGCGAUGCGUUGCCUAGCUCGGAGAGCCCGGCUUUAAAGUUCAAGGUGAUCGCCACCCAGGGUCGCGCCCGCUCCGCCCGCAUGACCCUGCCGCACUUUACCGCGCACACGCCCAUGUUCAUGCCGGUGGGCACGCAAGGCUCCGUGAAGGGGCUCACCAGCGCCCAGCUGGCCGAUCUGGACUGCCACGUCAUCCUGGGUAACACCUACCACCUGGAGAACCGGCCGGGCAGCGACACGGUGGCGGCGCUGGGGGGGCUGCACGGCUUCAUAAACUGGAACAGGGGCAUGCUGACUGACAGUGGCGGCUUCCAAAUGGUGUCGCUGCUGCACCUGGCGGAGAUCACGGAGGCGGGGGUGACCUUCCAGAGCCCGCUGGACGGCAGCGCCAUGCUGCUCACCCCCGAGCAGUCCAUGGCCAUCCAGAACCGGCUGGGGGCGGACAUCAUGAUGGCGCUGGAUGACGUGGUGCCCACCACCGCAAACGACCCCGCCCGCUUCGAGGAGGCAACCCACCGCACCACCCGCUGGAUCGACCGCUGCAUUGCCGCGCACAGCCGCCCGACCGAGCAGAACCUGUUUGCUAUCGUGCAGGGGGGGCUGGACCCGCGGCUGAGGGAGAUCAGCAUGCAGCAACUCGUGGCUCGCGACCUGCCCGGCUAUGCCAUCGGCGGGCUGGCUGGCGGCGAGUCCAAGGACGACUUCUGGCGGGUGGUGGCGCAGUGCACCGCGGGCCUGCCGCCCGGCAAGCCGCGCUACGUGAUGGGCAUUGGUUACCCGCUGGACAUCGUGGUGUGCAGCGCGCUGGGGGCGGACAUGUUCGACUCGGUGUACCCCACCCGCACUGCACGGUUCGGGGUGGCGCUGGUGCCGGAGGGCACCUUGAAGCUGAAGAACGCGGCCAACGCUCGCGACUUCCGCCCCCUGGACCCCACCUGCGGCUGCUCCGUGUGCGCCCGCUACUCCCGCGCCUACCUGCACAACGUGGUCACCCGCGGUAUCGCCUCCGCCGCCAUCCUGGUGACCUACCACAACAUCGCAUACACGCAGAGCCUCACGCGGGCCAUGCGGGCGGCCAUUGAGGAGCAGCGCUUCCCCGAAUGGGUUCGCAACUACCUGAGAACCAUGUUUCCCAAGGGUGAUGUUCCUGGCUGGGUUCGUGAUGCCAUGGCGGUUGCCGGCAUCAGCCUGGAGGGGGUGGUGGCGCCCGGGUCGCCGCAGCCGCCACCUGCUGAGGCAAAGGGGGGCGAGGGGGCUGAGGAGGAGCAGGGGAUGGAGCAGGAGGAGGUGGCGCCCGCAGCUGAGUCGAAGGGGAGACAGGCGCAGCCGGCGGAGGCGUGAUCGGGCGGCGUUGGGGGGUGGCGGUUGCGGGCGGUAUGGGCGCACCCACACCACCGGGGGGGGUGAUGCCGGGCCUUGUGUGCAGCACCGCAUGUGGGUGGAGGAGAUCCAAACGGCUCGAGUACGGUCGAGUGGGGUGCAGUGGGAAACCCUUUGCCCUGGUGCCGGUACGGACUGCCUGGUCUGUGGCGAGAGAGAGUGUACGGCAGUGCGGGGGUUAGGGGGGGCCAGGGGUGUUGAGGGGAGUAGACACACUGAGCCGCGGAGAAUAACCGACAGUGAGGGGUGGUGAGGGGUUAAAAGAGCGUUGACUUGAAAUGUGCGGAUAAGGAGGAGGUGCUGACAGAGGACGCUGAGAGGAGGAGGAGGCGAAGAGGAGGAGGAGGGGUCCAGGAGGAGGAAACCAAGUCCGACAGCAGCCGCAGCAGCUCUUAGCGUGUCAUAAACAAAGUGGUAGCGCUUCAGUUAAGUGGAAAUACAUGAAGGAAAGCCCGCCUAAGUUUCAGCGCUGUAGGUGUCAGCACUGACACGUCCAGUCGCUGGUAGGGAGGUCAUGCAACAAUACGGCAAGGAUGGCAGUCGCCUCCAGCGGCCACCCAGCGGCAAUUGGGGAAGGUGUGCAGUUUGCCGCGUGUAAGCGUUC